AUGCCCCAGACUCGGUCAGCCACUCGUUUGAGCAGCUUGUCGAGAGCGACGGGCGAGAAACCAUCUCAGACGCUGUCGUCCAAACGAAAGAUCGGCCCACGACACGGUGACGAUGAUACUACCCCUAGCAAGAAGAGAUCGAAAAAACAAAGCCGCACCGAACGUAGUGUCGCUUCGGGUCCACUGCUACCAUUGGAUGGAUACGGUGAUCAGUCAACUAUUGACGCAGUCCUUACCUUCUCGUUCGAGGAUGCCAAAGCACACCUUAUCGACGUUGACCCCCGUUUUGCAGAAUUAUUCGGGCAGCUGAAAUGCAAACCGUUCGAACAUCUCGAACAAGUUCAUCCAUUCCGCUCGCUCGUGCAAUCAAUCUUAGCUCAGCAGAUAUCCUGGCUUGCUGCUAGGUCAAUCACUCAUAAAUUCCUUCGCCUUUAUGAUCCGUCAUUGCCAGAGAAGCCAACGGAUUUCUCACACGUCAAGUCACCACAGUCGUUCUUCCCAGUCCCUCACCAGGUGGCCAACACUGAUAUCGAAACGCUCAAAUCAGCAGGCCUGAGCACACGAAAGGCAGAAUAUGUUAGAGACCUCGCUACGCGUUUUGCUGAUGGGCGGCUUUCAACGGCCAAACUUCUCACAGCAAGCGACGAAGAACUGGUGGAGAUGUUGACGGAAGUCAGGGGAAUAGGAAAGUGGACAGUUGACAUGUUCGCCAUCUUUACCCUUCGACGACCGAAUAUUUUACCAGUGGGGGACCUAGGGAUACAGAGAGGUAUGCUACGGUGGUUCGGAGGGGCCGGAUUCAAAAUUAGGCCGGACAAAGCAGCGCAGGAAGAUACCAACAUUGCUGAGAAGCCAGGGUAUGCCAGGGACGACGGAAAAACUGCGUGCGGAUCUAUGUCUCGGUCGAAUCCCGAAAUAAAUCCAGACCCGGACUUCGACAUGAAUGGUGUCGUUGCGAAAGAGGAUAAUCAUACAAUCUCCAUGAGUACUUCCACUGCCCUUACAUCAGAGCGAUCUCAGGGCCCCGCGGUCCCUCCCGCCACUCUCAUUUCUUCGCUGAUCCCUCCCCCAUCGCAAGCUUUCACGCCAUCAAAGAGUAGUGUUCGCGAUACAGCUGUUGGACAGGAAAAUUCUACAGACAGGUUCAUGAAACCAUGGACGAUGCCUCUUCCUCAUGGUCUCACCCCUACCAGCAUGAAGAGUAGGUUGGAUGGAAAGAAAGUCAAAGGAGCACUUCUUACCCCUCAGGAAAUGGAAGCCCUAGCCACACAGUGGGCACCCUACCGAAGCUUGGCGGUUUACUACAUGUGGGCACUUACCGACCAAGACUGAGACGUUACGGUAAUCGUAGAGGCUUUCUUCGCAUGUUCCUCACGCGUAGAUUUACAGGCCCAGUGUGUAUACUGUACUGCUGGUGCAUACUCAGCUUUUUUCUGGCUUAUGUCUAUGCACACGGAGUAUUUCAGAAUACCAUCGAGCGGUAGUACCUAUAUAAGCAUUUAUCCUCCUUCCCGAGAAAACGAUUCCGUAAUGAGAAGAUCCUGAAUCGUGAAGCGUUAUGUCAGUUAUUACCUGCUGAAAGCCAAUGCAACAAAGGCAAAACUACUGGGCGGCGAGAAGGGUGGUUGGGUGUUUGAAAUACCGAACCACUCACCUCCGGUGCAAAUGGCCACGCAUCGAAUGCACGCACAAGAGCUGCCCAAUCUGUGGUUUCCAUCUUACGUAUCAACUUCAAAACAUCUGCACGGGCAGGGUGGUCGGUAGGGAGAGUGGGGUCUGUAAGGUAGGAAAGCAAGGCGGUGGAACCGGGCGCCAAGUGCC